AUGAACCCAGUCCUGAAUUCCGAUACGCCUCCACCCCCACCGCCAAAGCCCACCAGCCACGAGGCGAGUCGCCGGGGGACACCGCAGCUCAACCCUUCGCUCCCAGGAACGCCGCAGUCCCUCCACGAACGGCCCUACCGAGCAGACAUGACCAUGCAUCGCUACCCACCGGCCGCAACCCUAAAUCCCACUGGAACGUCUCUCCCGCGACCCCCGACCGUUGAAGAGGGUUGGUUACCCGAGAACGUGAAGGAGAAAUCAACCGUAGACCUCCAAACGAUCCUCAAAGACCCGAAUCUAAUCUCAGCGCUAGCGAGUCGACACCCAUCCCACGCCGCCCAUCAAGAGUACCUCCAGUCACUACUAAAGUAUAACAAGGACCUGGCGAGCCAUUUACUCGAGCUUCAGGGGCGGGUUACGGAACUGCGCGGGUCGACGGAGACGCUUCUAUUAACGCACCAAUCGCUGGAGGUAUCGUGGCGGAAGAAACAGACAGAUAUGGACGCCGCGCUGGCGCCGUGGUCGCCCAAGGCGUUGUACCAGCGGCUUGCGGCGUCGAUUUCGGAGCAGGAGGCGGUUUGUCAUGCCGUGGAGGAGAGCUUCUUGGAGGAAGAGCAUCAUCAUCACGGACGGGCAACGGAGAAGGAGGUUGCGGAUUGGAUUCGCCGGGUGCGAGCGGAAGGGGCUAAGUUGGAGGCGAGACGCGAGGCGAAGGCGCGGUGGGAUGAGGGGAGAGUGGGUGGGUGGAGGUGA